CUCUGAAGCUCUUCAAGCCCAUAAUCUGGACCUGUGCCAGUUUAGGCCACACCUUGUUAUUUCCCAUUGAUGACUGAAUAAUUAGGAAACAUGCUAUUUUUCUUUCCUCUCCCUGUUAUGUAAGAUAAGGUGGAGAUUAUACUGUAGCUCCGACCUGAGCAACCGUUGAAUGUGAAUGAGCAGCAGUUUCUCUACCAGCUCUGGCCAUAAUGAAAACAUUUUUCCCUACAUGGCACCAGUAGCCUUGGAGCUGCUUUCAUUCACUGACCGAGAAAGAAGGUUUCAGACGCACGGAGGAGAACUUGGCUGCGUACGAAACAUAAAUUCAGGUCAGGCAUUGCUAGCUCAAGUGAAAUGUAAAACAGGAGGCAGGCAGCAGGUGAAGCGUAAACCACAGGCAGGCUGUGUCCGACCAGCGGGACGCCAUCAGCCACUUCUUCCACUUAGCUGCUAUUAAGUCAACGCUCACAUUUCCAGCGGGCGCAGAGCAGAGCUGCACUUCUCACUUUCGCUUCAUGGCUCAGCGCUCAGUUCAUCCUGUCGUCCCCAUCGCGCUGCUGGUGUUUGGACUUGUUGCAAUCCUGCUCCUGACUAUCCCCACUGAAGACAUUCAGGAGCCUCCGGGGUUCAUGUAUGGGAUUGUCUUGGAUGCCGGAUCUUCACACACAGCUUUGUAUAUUUACAAGUGGCCAGCAGACAAGCAAAAUGGCACAGGGGUGGUCACCCAGCACAGUGAAUGUCAUGUUAAUGGAGGAGGAAUCUCCAGCUAUGCAGGCCAGCGGGGAAAAGCCGGGCUGAGCUUAGAGGCAUGUCUUGACCAGGCAGUGAGGGACAUCCCCAAAGAAAGACACCAGCUCACACCUGUGUACCUGGGAGCCACAGCUGGCAUGAGGCUUCUGCAAAUCUCCAACAAGGAGCAGUCGGUUCAGAUUCUGCAGGAAGUGGGCCACAAAAUCCAGUCCUACCCUUUCAACUACCAAGGGGCUGCAAUACUGAGCGGUCAGCAGGAGGGGGCGUACGGCUGGGUCACUGUCAACUAUCUCUUAGAGAACUUCAUUAAGUAUGGUUUCGUGGGUCACUGGUUCAGCCCCGGCAGGCCCACAGUGGGAGCGCUUGAUUUCGGCGGAGCGUCCACCCAGAUAACGUUUGCAACUCAGGAGGAAGUAGAAGACGAGCGCGACAUGAUAAAGUUGCGUCUCUACGACCAGGAAUACUCUCUGUACACACACAGCUUCCUGUGCUACGGGCAGGACCAGGUCCUCAAGAGACUGCUGGCUCACGUAGCGAAGUCUCAGAGUUACUCUGGGUCAGUCACUCAUCCAUGCUAUCCUGCAGGCCACAGUAGAACUUUAAAGUUGAACAGCAUAUUCAACUCUCCGUGUACAGCAAAUUACAAACCCAGCUCCUACAACUCCCAGGCCUCCCUGACGGUACAAGGCAGCGGACAUUAUGAACACUGUCUGGGCAAUGUGUCCGAGAUCUUUUCCUUUGACAGCUGCCCCUUCUCCCGGUGCUCCUUUGAUAAAGUCUUCCAGCCAAAUGUCACCGGUAGCUUUGUGGCGUUCUCUGCAUUCUUCUACAUUCACUCCUUCCUGCAGCGUAUUACUGGAGUCACUGUGAGCACCCCUUCACAACUAGAGGAGGCAGUCAAAGCUGUGUGCAUGAUGACUUUCAAACAGAUGCUGCUUCUUGCCCCAGAGCAAAAGUCUCGUUUGCAGGACUAUUGUGCUUCCUCUAUAUUUGUUAAGAUUCUCAUGUUGAGAGGAUACGGCUUCGAUGAGAUGUCGUUUCAGCGUAUUUCCUUCCAGAAGAAGGCAGGAGACGCGUCAGUGGGUUGGGCUCUGGGCUACAUGCUCAGCUUGAGCAAUUUGCUGCCAGCAGAGACCCCGAGUCUGAGGAAGGCCCUGACCCCAGGAGUGUGGGGAACGCUUAUUUUUCUGUUUGUCCUCCUUCUGGCAGCGGUCAUGGUCUUCAUAUUAGUCCGAGCUCGUGAUGGGAAGAAGAAAGGAGGCAGUGAAAGCACCAUUUAGAUACUGCAACAACAUACAGUGCAGUCAGAAAACAGAAAGAUGGUGAAAUAGUUUUGUUUGUGGCUCUGUACUCCAUUUGACUUUGAGCUUUAGGGUGCUCACAUUAUAACAGAUGAACAACAAAGGAACAGAUUCGGUUUAUAUACAUUUCCACCAAGUAUACCUUAAUGUAGCAGGACAAUGAUGACUGUUUAUACACUUAUAAUGACUGAAAUGACUACAAUUACAUAAUUACUUUGACUUGAAUUGAGUAAUGUUAAUUUGUUCCAUUAUACCUCUGUUACCUAAACUUGUUGGACUGUGUACAAAAAUCACAAUCACAAGCCCUCUGCUAUACACUUGGUCAUAGUCCUUUUUUCACUUCAAAUCCAAUUUACUGGAGUACAGUGCCAGCACAAUGAAAAAUGUGAAUGCAAGUUUUCUUAUUGAAAAGUCAGACCAAUUUUUGGUUGUAUGAAAUAUAAGAAAUUUCAGCUUUUUUUGUGUUCUUUUUGUGUGCCUGUACACUGAAACUCUGUUACAGUGAAAUGAAGCACAUUGUGGAUAUAACUACAAGUUUAAUAUGUAAUGAAUCACCAUUUUAUUUUUGUUUUUUAUAUUCAAAAAUGUUUUCCAGAUGGGAGUUUUUAUGCAUAUUUCAGUCUGCCUAGAAAAGACACUAGACAAGUGUUUUAAACGGUUGUUGACAGAAGCACACGCCUGAACCUGAAAGCUGCUUGGAUCUUCAAACAUUGUUACUGUUAGGCAGAUAUGGUAUGUUUGAGUCUGAGUUUAUGUCAGGAAAGACGUAAAAACAAUCGUGCAGCCUUUCAACAAAGAUUUAGUGGUCAAACUCGACAAAUGUGUUGUCGUCGUACUGCACCGUAUUAUAGUAUAAAAUGAUAUGUAAAGCCGGCUGUGUUGGAUUGGAUUACAUAUUACAUGUGUUUCAUUUACUCUGCCCAUCCCCUUUGCAAAUGAACCCCACAAAUUUAUUUGUGUGAAGGCACAGUCAACAAAUAAGGAUCAGUUUAUAUUAGACUAAUCACUGACCUUUACUGCACUUGAAGUCGGUUGUGCUGCAACAUUAAGACAUUCCAGUAUGUCUUAAGUGUGUUGCAUAAAAAAGCAAAGGCAACGCUUGACAUGUAGCUAUGCUAAAUAUAGAUUUUAUCUAUUCAGUGUCGGAGCAGAAUUUCUGAGAUGUUUGAGAUCCAUGAAAGCCCCCUGCAGGUUGAUUCUUUAUGUAAAUAGUAUCAUUUGUUCAUUAUUUUUAGAGUAUCAAAAACAUUUGCUUGUAGAGAAUUGAUGUUGGAUGAAAUGAGAUGAAAGACAUGAUAGAUGAAAUACCUUAAGAACAUUUUCAGUAACAUUAUCCAUAUUAAAUGUUUAGUUGACAUUCAGUGUGACUUAUUGUGACAUAUUGCUCUCUGUAUGGUCAUGUUUUACAUCACAUAACGAAAUAAAGACUUUAUUUGAUAA